GCGCUCCCCUGCCCACCCCGCCCCCGCGGCCGAGCCCGGGAGUCGAGUGGGAGUCGGCCGGCUGGGCGCGGGCAGCGCCGGGAGCCCGCGGUGGGGGCACACUGCAGCCGGGAGCCCGGAGGGGCCGCGCCGCCAGCGUCUGAACUAGGAUGUCCCGACAUGAAGGUGUCAGCUGUGAUGCAUGUUUAAAAGGAAAUUUUCGAGGUCGCAGAUACAAGUGUUUAAUUUGCUACGAUUACGAUCUUUGUGCAUCUUGUUAUGAAAGCGGGGCAACGACAACCAGGCAUACAACUGACCACCCGAUGCAGUGCAUAUUAACAAGGGUAGAUUUUGAUUUGUACUAUGGUGGGGAAGCUUUCUCUGUAGAGCAGCCCCAGUCUUUUACUUGUCCCUAUUGUGGAAAAAUGGGCUACACGGAAACAUCUCUUCAGGAACACGUGACUUCUGACCAUGCAGAAACAUCAACAGAAGUGAUUUGUCCGAUAUGUGCAGCGUUACCUGGAGGCGAUCCUAAUCAUGUCACAGAUGACUUCGCAGCUCAUCUGACACUUGAACACAGAGCCCCUAGAGAUUUAGACGAGUCGAGCGGCGUCCGACAUGUCCGUAGAAUGUUUCACCCUGGCCGGGGCCUGGGAGGUCCCCGUGCUCGCCGGUCAAACAUGCACUUUACUAGCAGUUCCACUGGGGGACUCUCGUCUUCGCAGAGUUCAUACUCUCCGAGCAGUAGGGAAGCCAUGGAUCCUAUAGCUGAGCUCUUGUCUCAGCUGUCAGGAGUGAGACGUUCUGCAGGAGGACAGCUUAACUCUUCAGGCCCUUCCGCUUCUCAGUUGCAACAAUUGCAGAUGCAGCUGCAGCUCGAGCGGCAGCAUGCGCAGGCAGCACGUCAGCAACUGGAGACAGCUCGCAACGCAAGCCGGCGCACUAACACGAGCAGCGUCACCACUACAAUCACCCAGUCCACGGCCACGGCCAACACGGCCAACACGGAGAGCAGCCAGCAGGCGCUCCAGAACUCCCAGUUCCUUUUAACAAGGUUGAAUGAUCCCAAAAUGUCUGAAGCAGAGCGCCAGUCCAUGGAAAGCGAGCGUGCAGACCGCAGCCUGUUUGUCCAGGAGCUCCUUCUGUCCACAUUAGUGCGUGAAGAGAGCUCGUCCUCAGAUGAGGACGAUCGGGGGGAGAUGGCAGAUUUUGGUGCUAUGGGCUGUGUAGAUAUUAUGCCUUUAGAUGUUGCUUUAGAAAACCUAAAUUUAAAAGAGAGUAAUAAAGGAAAUGAGCCUCCACCACCUCCUCUUUGAUGACCUCCCCACUCGCAGACAAUGUCCUCUGUGCUGUAUUUGCCAAUGAAAGUGGACAACAGCUAUCUAUCCUGGGUUUGUUUGGUGAUUGUAAUUUCAGGUCUGUCACUCUUGUUACAUUGUGUACAUUCAAAAGGAAGAGAGAAAAUAUAUAUGAUAAUCAUUUCCACUUAACUAAUUUUUACUUCUAGCAGGUAAAUGUAGGUAGCAGUGCAGGGUGAUCUCUGCUUCCUGUACCUUGACAUGCAAAAGGCUCUCCUAAUACUCCACAUUCAAACUGAAGAGGAAAAUUGAGAUCUCUAAUGAAGCUGCUGUGUGUAUUUAUGAAUAUUAAUGAAUAAAAACUGCUUGGAUGGUUUACCUAACUACUGCAUGAGGUUUUUUGCAGCGUGCAUGAGUUUCAGUGACCUUGUUAUUUAAGAAAAAUUAAAUACAAGGAGUAAAACUUUAAAAAAUAAAAUUAAAAAAAAUAAAAUACAAAGCCCAAAGCUUUUCCAACAUUAUUCAAUGGUUACAGGGCAGAGUAGCUUUUGAAUAAUGUCUGCCUGACUCACCCGUAUCCGUGUGCCUCCUAUGCACAAAGCCAGCUCUGCAGUGGGACCUGGGGGUCCUAGCCAGGUGGGUCCCUCCGCCCUGUGACUGUCCUGCGCCCUCUUCACCACCUUGCUCCUGCGGAGCCGGCCUGCCUAGCUCCUCAUCAGUAGAAGACACACCGGGGAAGGCGGAUCUGCUGCAGGGGAUCUCUGUGCCCUUCAAACAAAUCUUGUUUGUGUUGUUGGAAGUUUUUCAUUUUUGUGGUUGUUAAAAUUUUUUUGAUUGUUAAAUAUGUUCAUUCAGGUGUAGAUGAAUUUCAUUUAUUCACUGUUCAGCAAAGUUAACCUGAAUUAUGUUGUCUUGUUUUUAAGAAUCUCACAUUCUCAAUCAUACUUUGCGUUAUUUAUGUAUUUGUAGUUUGCUGAGACAGAUCAGUAUCAGGGGAGCCCCUGAGGAUUUGCCUUCCCAGAUUUUGUCAACCAAAUUCUUAAUGCUAAUUUGAGCACCUUUAUUUUAUUGGGGGUUUCUUCCUGGCAUAAAAAGUAAAGUCUUUUAAUUGAAUCAUGCCACCUAUACGCCUAUAUUAUUAAUCCUGUGUGUAAAAAAAAACAAAAUAAAAAAGUAGAGCCUUCUUGGGUCGCUAGGGGGUUUGGAGGAUGGGUGCUUUUUAUUUGCUUCAGUUUUUCACACAGCUCCAAGAAGGGGCAGUGGGUCUGGGGAUGGGGCAGUUUUUGGAAUGUAAACUUAGGACUUUGAAAAAAGGGUGCACAGCUUCUGAUAAAUUUCUAACUAGACUUAACCUAAUCAUGUCUGGCUCCAGUCCUCUUCCCUGUGAGCCCGUCUCUGUUUGCUCUCCUCUCUCUCCACCAUCCUGUCCUUUCCUCUCUGUUUCCUCAUGACAAGCAUACAGACUUGAACCCCCGGGGUGUUCUCAAGAACUGUGAAGUCCAUGUUCAUCCAAAUGUACCAAAAACAGAAGUCACCUUACAUGUCUACAGAACUGUUGCGUCUCCUCGGAAACGUCAGACUCCACCAACUCCAGAUACAGUAGCUGUUUCGGUGGUCUCUGUGAUGGAAAUGUUUUAAAGGGAACGCCUUUCACUGGGCUUCUGGUUACACUAGAAGUCAAGUCUAGGAGGGAUUUUCUUUUUUAAUCAGUUGUUGAGAAGUUUCAGAAGUCCAUUUGCCAGCUGUGGUCGUUUCAGACACAUCUGCACAUAACUCACACAUUUCAAUAAAGCGUUUUCAAGACUGUU